ACUCGUAAAACGCAAAAAUGAUCCGAGAAAUUCAAAGCAUUUUGAAAAGAGUUUCGAGGCGGAUUCAAAGGGAAGGAUAGAAUGUUGCAGUUUCCGGCAUUCAUGCUACAGUACCCUUGGUCUACUGAGACAAUUCCGACGUCGUAUCUUCUUCCUGCCCAGUGGCCCCAUCCCCAGAGCGAUGAGCUCCUCCUUGCCAUGGAGGAGUCAGAUUUUGAAGAAAAGUGCAGUGAGAUCGGAAAGAUUAACAGCAACUUAACUGUGAUCGGGAAGACCAAUGUAGUUGAUAACGAUAAAGAAGAUUUUGACAAUGAAGCCGAGGAUGACGAUGUUGAUAAUGGAGAAGAGUCUGAAGGUGAUGACUUCGAUCAGGAAACCGGUUGACUGCCAUAAAACGUCGUAAGUUUCAUCCAACGCAACUAUGCUUUAGACUGCUCUGCUUCUUUGAGUUCUUUCCAACGCUUAUGCACUCUCAGCUGACUUUGUAAUUCUGCAUUUGGUGCCAAUACUUUAUUGAUUAAAAACCAAAUCUUUGUAUCAUGUAACAAUUACUUCAAAAUUUUAAGUGACAAUGGACAUAUUCGAGCU